AUGACGCAUAAACGGAGUGUUGCGGCCGCUGCUGGAACCCACAUUGCGGAGGGCAACCCGGUGCCGAAACCGAAUUUCUUCAUUGAACUCUGCGAGCUGGUGCACCAAAAGGUGCCAGCGCAUGCCCUUGAUGUCACCGAGACUGUCGACCGGGAGAGGAUGUUCUGGCGUGAACUCUACCGUUGGGUAGAGUUAGAGGAGAUGUAUGAUCAUGUCAUUGGCGAAUUCAGUCCACCAGAAAUUACCCGAUUGGACUACCGAGCCAUCCGCAAAUUCCAGGCCCAUCUUAAGCAAAGUAAGUCGACAAGUCCUGUGAUUGAGGCUUUUUAA